UGGAGACGCUCGAGGAUGAUGGAGAAGUGGAUGAAAAGGAGGGCAAUAAAAGCUGCUCCAUUCUUCUGCCACUUUUCCCUGGAGAACGAUUCGAAUUCACAUUGUCCACGUUCGUCAAGAAUGUGACGAGCACCAAGUUACACCGAAGUGUCGUGUUGACCCCAGCAUUUGACAUGACUGGUUUUGGACUCAGUCUUCAGGAGUCGCAAAACGGUGUGAAGUUGUCAUGGCCUCAAAGUGACGUGUUUAUGUCGAGGAUGCGAGACGUAUGGAAUAAGGUGGUCGGCCCGAAGUCUCAGCUUCAGAUGCGACUGUUUCCAGCCGACGGCACCGAAAAAGGGAGUCGCCUACAGGGUGAUCCUCACGCAGCAGCUCCGCUCGUCGUAGGAGCUCUGAAAAAGGGUACCUGCUACAAAGUGCAAAUUUUCACUGUGACGCAAUCGGGAAUUGUCUCGGAAACAGGUAUAACGACUUUUUCCGCAUGUCAGCUCCUCCAGUGA